AGAUGACAUGGGCAACAAGGAAGUCUACGAGUUUCCUGUUAAUCGCUGGUUUGCCAUGGAUGAAGAUGAUGGUAAAAUACAAAGAGAUGUGUUGGUUGGAUCGCUGCAGCCAAUGGGAAUUGUGUACAAUGUGCAAGUGAUGACUGGAGACGUCAGAGGGGCAGGAACCAACUCUAAGAUCCACAUGGUCAUGCACGGAUCCAAGGGCAUGAAAAACAGCGGGAAAAUUUUCCUCGAGGGCGGCGCUUUUGAGCGCGGCCUGAUUGACAUUUUCAACGUGGAGAUUUGUGAACUGAUCAGUCCUCUUAGCAGGAUCACCAUUGGACAUGAUAAUGGUGCUGUGGGUGCUGGAUGGUACUGUGAAAAGGUUGUAAUUUACUGUCCAUUCACGGGCAUCGAGCAGACAUUUCCAUGUGGGAUGUGGCUGGAUGAGGAUGAGGGGGAUGGAUUAAUCGAGAGGGAACUGUAUGAGAUGGUCUCUCUCAGGCAGAAAAAACACAAAAAGUACCCAUGGUCUCUGUGGAUUUGGACUUCUGAUGUGAAAGGUGCAGGCACAGAUGCUCAAGUGUUUCUGCAGAUCUACGGAGAAAAGGGCAAAUCGGACGAGAUCAAACUGGAAAACAACUCGGACAGUUUUGAACAGGGGCAGCUUGAUAAAUUCAUGGUUGAACUGCCGGACAUAGGAAGACCGCUGAAACUGCGGAUCUGGCAUGAAAAGAGAAAUCCAUUUGCUGGCUGGCAUUUAGCCAAGGCCACUUUGCUCAAGACUCUAACCAUGGAUAAAUAUUCUUUUGAAUGUGGCCGUUGGCUGGAUAUUAAUGAAGAUGACAAUGAGAUUGUCAGAGAGCUUCCAGCCACAGGAGCACUUAUUGAUGAGCCACUACCCUUGAUAAAGUAUCGUGUCACAAUCUGCACUGGUGAUGUGAGUGGCAGUGGCACCGAUGCCACUGUAUUUCUCAGCAUAUUCGGUGACCUGGGCGACACGGGCGAGCGCCCCAUGAUCACGAGCAAAAACAACGUCAACAAAUUCGAAAAGGGAAACCACGAUGAGUUCCUCAUCGAAUCUGUCUUCUUGGGCCAGGUGCGCAGGGUCCGGGUGGGUCAUGAUGGCCGUGGUGGUGGCUGCGGUUGGUUCCUGGAUAAGGUGUUAGUCAGGGAGGAGGGACAGCCAGAGUCCGCUGCCAUUGAGUUUCCCUGUUCCAGGUGGUUGGAUCGGAAUGAGGAUGACGGACAGAUUGUUCGUGAGUUAGUUCCAGCUGGAGAUGGCCUGCGACUCUUCAAUGUCAACUACCACAUUGCGAUCAAGACAGGCAGCGUGAACGGUGCCAGUUCCGACUCCAGAGUGUUUGUCAAGCUGUACGGGGAGAAGGGGGACACUGAUAAGGUGAUACUGGCCGUCUCCGACAAUGACCUCAGGAACUACUUUGAGACGGGACGCACUGAUGUCUUCAUCAUGGAAACAUUUGAUAUCGGAAAGAUCAACCGUCUUCUGAUUGGUCACACAAACGAGGGCUUACGGGCCGGAUGGUUUCUGGACAGCGUGCAGAUUUCAGUACCCGUUCAUGGGAUGCAGUACAUGUUCCCUAGCCACCGCUGGCUUUGCAAAGAUGAGGCUGAUGGAAAAGUGGAGGUAGAAAUCUAUCCCAGUGAGGUCUUGGACAUUGAAAAAUUGAUCAACUAUGAAAUAACAGUGGUCACAGGUGAUGUGCGAGCAGCCGGAACCAAUGCUAACGUCUUCUGUCAGAUCUACGGAGAAGAAGGGAAAACUGAAGUCCUCGCAUUGAAAAAUCGCUCCAACAAUUUUGAACGUGGCACCACUGAAAUCUUCAAGAUUGAAGCUUUGGAUGUUGGAAAGAUCUAUAAGAUACGUAUCUUUCACGAUGGGAAAGGCAUUGGAGACGGGUGGUUUCUGGAGAUAGUAGACAUCAAGCGGCUGACAAUGGCAAUGGUGCAGGUUGAGGUCAAAAAAGAAGAGCCGACCAAGAAGGACAAGAAGAAGGAUAAGAAAAAGAAGAAGAAAGAAGAGGAGGAGGUAGAGAUAAUCGAGGAACUCCAGGAAGUGGUGGAGACGUUUGUUUUUCCUUGUAGCCGCUGGCUGGCCAGGGAUGAGGAGGAUGGGGAGAUUGUGGUUGAGUUGCUAACGGAGGACAAUGAAGACUUGGAGUUAAAGUCAUAUGAUGUGUAUGUGUACACUGGGACCAUGUGGGGCGCUGGGACCGAUGCUAACGUCUACAUUAACAUCUAUGGAGAGACUGGUGACACGGGGGAACGGUGGCUCAGGAAGUCCAACAACCUGAAUAAAUUUGAAAAAGGCCAGGAGGAUGUUUUCAGCAUCACGGCAGUGGAUCUUGGAGUCCUGAAGAAGCUGAGGAUCCGACAUGAUAACAGCCAGGUCGGUGCUGGCUGGUUUUUGGACAGAGUGGAAAUCGUAGACAACAAAGACGACACAACGUACUUUUUCCCAUGUAAGCGCUGGCUUGCCGUUGAUGAAGAUGACAGACAGCUUGCCAGGGAGCUGGUCCCUGUGGAUGAAGCCUUCAUGAAGAAGGGGGACGAAGAUGAAGAUGAUUCUGAAGCUACGCUCGGUUUGGAACAGAAAGCUAUGUCUACAACGUACACAGUGAGGAUAAAAACAGGUGACAAGAAAUAUGCAGGGACAGAUGCCAACGUCUUCAUGACCCUUUAUGGCACCAAAGAUGACACAGGGAUAAUCACCCUGAAGGCUUCAAAGACUCACAGAAACAAGUUUGAACGUGGUAUGAUCGAUGAGUUUACCGUAGAAGCUGUGGACCUUGGACCCUUGAAAAAACUGCGCAUCGGACACGACAACUGCGGAGGAGGAUCUGCAGGUUGGUUUCUUGACUGGGUGGAGAUCGACGCUCAGUCCAUGGGACAGAAGUUACGGUUCCCCUGCGGCCGUUGGUUGGACAGAGGGGAGGACGAUGGAGCCAUCAUCAGGGAUAUUUUCCCGAAUCCUCUCCAGACAGAGUUUUACACACCGUUUGUUCCAUAUGAGAUUAAAACCUUUACGAGUGAUGUGUUUGGAGCUGGAACAGAUGCAGAUGUUUUCAUUGUCCUGUAUGGAAGAAAUGCAAUUUGUACCCAGCAGAAAGCUUUGUGUGUCAACAAAAGGGAGCGGAGAAUGUACUUUGAAAGAGGAGCAGAGGACAUGUUCAUUGUUGAGUUAGAAGAUGUGGGGGAUGCAAUUGAGAAAAUCCGCAUUGGCCAUGACAACCGUGGGGUCAAUCCAGGCUGGCACCUGGACAGAGUGGAGAUCAGACGUCUGCUCAGGAAGGGAAAGGGUUCAGAAACGGUCAUCUUACCAUGUGAGCGCUGGCUCGCCAAGUCAGAGGACGAUGGAGAAACGGUGAGGGAGCUGGUGCCCUCUGACAUUAUCACUGAGAAACUUUCCAGAGAUGGCAGCCUGAAAGUGACUGAGCUGGAGGUGGAGGACGCCCUGGAGACUCACACAUACAAAGUGUCAGUGAUAACAGGGGACGUGAGCGGAGCCGGCACGGACGCUAACGUCUUCCUCACAAUUUACGGAGACCAGGGGGACACCGGGGAGAGAAAACUGAGCAAGUCAGAGACAAACAAAAACAAGUUUGAGCGGGGCUCUGUUGAUAAGUUUACAAUAGAAGCUGUUGACCUUGGACAAGUUUUCAGGAUAAAAAUCCGCCAUGAUAACAGCAUGGUGAGUGCUGACUGGUACUUGGACCAGGUGGAGGUUUUUGAUGAGGACACAGAAGAGGUCUACCUUUUCUUAUGUGAGCGUUGGCUCUCCAAGAAGAGGGAGGACAGGCGCAUCGAAAGAGUCUUCUAUGUCAAGGAUUAUGAAGGAGUUCGAGAGAGCCUAAACAGCAAAAAGAACACGGCUCUGACACUAAAGAGUCUUGACAGCAAUAUGAACAAAAAGAACAAAAAGAAGAAAGAGGAAGAAAUUGAACUCCCAAUCAUACCGUACCACAUUACCAUCUGCACUGGAGUGGAGCGCGAUGCGAGCACCACCAGCAGGGCCUACGUGAUCAUCAUUGGGUCCAGUCACACUCAGACUGAGCGGCUGUGGCUGGACCUGCCGGACAGGAGGAAGGGCUUUCAGGCUGGCUCUCUGGAGAGCUUCGAGGUUCAUGGUUCAGAUGUGGGGGAGUUUAAAAAGGUGGAG